AUGACGGCUUGGUUUCCACCAUCUAGGGUGCCUCCCAAUCUUACCCCUCCUGAUGAACAUGAAAGUGUGGAAGUGAUGAGUGAGAACAAGUCUCCUUCAAUUGACUGGGAUAAUGAAAACAACAAUCAUGGACUUCAGCUGGGGCCAUUUGGUGGACAACUUUUGGUUGCAGUUGGUAGAGAUGGGAACAAUCAAAUGUUUCCCAUAGCUUGGGCUGUUAUGGAAGUUGAAAGUACCGAGAGUUGGACUUGGUUUCUAGAGUUGCUAGCUUCUGAUUUGGGAACAAAUGAAGGUGCAGGCUACACCAUUAUGUCUGAUCAACAAAAAGGACUCAUAAAUGCAGUGUCAAGUGUUUUCCCACAAGCUGAAUCUAGGGUAUGUGCAAGACAUGUAUACUGUAAUUUUAGGACAGUAUUUGGUGGUGGUAUGGAGUUUAGAAAACAAUUUUGGAUAAUAGCUAAAAGCACUACAGAGAAUGAAUUCAAGGCUCAGAUUAAGGUAAUGAGGGGGAUCUCUAAUGCAGCAGCUGAAGAUCUUUUGAAAAGAAAUUACCGAAAGUGGUGUAGAGCUUUCUACACUUCAAUGUCAAGCUGUGAUAGUGUCGACAACAACAUGAGUGAGGUAUUCAAUGCCUAUAUUUUCAUAGCAGACAUAAGCCUAUCAUUACAAUGCUUUAAGAUAUUAGGAAGUUGCAAUGCAUGGCAAGUUAGUGGAAUACCUUGCAAACAUGCAGUUGUAGCAAUAUGGAAUAAGGUUGAUGAGCCUGAGCAGUAUGUGAAUGACUACUUUAGGAAGGGAGUGUAUAUGAAAGGUUAUGAAUACCUGUUGGAGCCAUUAAAUGGACCACAAGAAUGGCCUGAUUCAGACUUAGUAGUGAUUGCCCCGGCUCUAAAAAAGGUACAACAUAGACCUCAAACAAAAAGGAGGUUGCAAGUUGGUGAAGUUACAAAAUCAGGAAAGAUGAAGAAAGUAGGGACUGUGAUGACUUGCAGCUUAUGUGGGAUCCAAGGACAUAAUAAAAGAGGCUGCAAGAAUGUCCAAACUGAAACAUCUAGGAGGUCUGAUAAUGGAGAAGGUACUUCACACACUAAUAGUGCAAGUGUGCCAAUGCAUAAUAGAGGAGUUGGAGUUUACACCUUUCCUAAUGGAUAUCAAAGACAAGCUAGUGUAAGUCAUGUGUUUUAA